CCUCUUUAGUGAAUUGUUCUUUGGCUAUGGAGGACUAUUCUGAACGGAUAAAUAACACAUACGAGUAUAAUGCGCAUCAUUUAAUAACAAGCACUGACAAGUUUAGGCAGCGUGGUUGUGAAGAGUAAAAGCCGUUCAAUGGAUAUUAAUAUAGCAUUAAUAAGAGCUAUACAGGAAUUCCCUGUAUUGUUUGAGAAAACGGGUUCGUUUCAACAAAAAAUGGAAGCUUGGAAGGAACUCGCAAAACAAUUUGAUAUGUCAGAGAAAUCUUUAAAAGCCCAUUGGUAUAGCUUACUACGAAGCUUCUUUGAAGAUGAAAAAUUUAAAUACAAAGAUGAAAUGUCAUACUUGCUUCCACAUUUGGGUAUCGACCAGAAUUUGGCUGGUAUCGAAGAAGAUAUUAAUAAAAUUUGUGUUAACAAACAGCAAGUACAUGUAGAGGUCGAACAAGUGACUAAUGAAGUGGAUGUUGCAGUUACGGAGAAAGAACCAGUAUUGCAUGAAAUAACUACAAUGCGGUAUAAUGAGUCGAACAAAUCUGAUGGUCAAAAUGAGGAGAUAUUAGCAGUUGAAGUUAAAGAAUUUAAAGAGUCGAUUAAAUAUUCAAUCGAUGAUGAAGACUUUCUUAAAUUGAUAGCUUCAGAAAUAACCAAUAUGGAUGAUGCAAAAAAGACACAGAUCAAAAAUGAUAUUUUACGUAUUUUGUUUCCUUAAAUAGUGU